AUGCCCCCCGCAAUCAUGGCUCACCCGGACCUGCGUAACCCCUACAAGAAAGUAGGUAUUGGUCCGGAAAAAGGCGCCACCGUUCUUGUCCGUGACAAAGUUGUCGUCUUAGAGCGCAUUCAACCAGGGGCGGGGCUAUGGGUGCUGCCGGAAGAUCUGACCCAGAUCAAUGGAUUUGUUCUUAAGCCUGAGGGUGCCUGUCUUGAUGAGUUAUGUAUCCCCUUGAAACAGGAUACCGAUCUGCUGAAAACAGUUGAUGGUCAACAGUGGGUCAACGCUACCGCGUUUGCGGAUUUGAUGGAGCAGGCCUACGUUGUUGACGAAGAUGCUCGGGUCUGGAGCUUUGGGGAGAUGCCGGCAACUCGGCAGUCUAUGUUUGCCAAUGCACAAGUACCUGAAUUUGAAAUUCCAGAUCGGCAGGGUAAUGUCGUUAGCUGCCAACUUGAUGUGUCCGUGUGGCAAUCCAUAUAUGAAGAAUUAAACGACCCCGAUUUUGUCAUCAUCUCCGCAGCUCAAGAUACCGGCGGAGAAGCCGUUGCGGGUCCAAUUUUUGAUGCGGCCAAAGCCAGUUAUAUCCAGAUUGUGGAUGUGAACCAUGCCAUCAGCAGCGCGUUCAAUUUCGUCAACGUACCGUCGGCCGCCUGGGUUGAUGAGACGGGCAGGAUCGUGCGUGUCGAUGAAGGCACCUACGCCAAAACCCAUCCUUUUGGUGGGACGGAUGCUUAUGCACCGGCACUGAAGGAUUGGGUGCGCAACGGCGCUGCAAGCCAGUACGUUCAAGCUGCGGCGACUGUGACUGAAAAUAUUCGCAAGCGGACGCCGGAACAGGAGCAGGCUGAAGCCGCUUUUCGGUUAGGCAACUUUUUCCGUGAAAAAGGUCAUGCGGAAAAAGCGGAGCAUUACUGGUUAAUGGCGCGCACCCUGCACCCUGACAGUAUUAAUUUCUUCCGUCAGGACCUGACCCUUUCGGCAGAGGGAUCCGCGGGUGAAUCAUUCAUGAAGUUCCGUACCGAGUUCACGCAAGCCGGUAAAGAUUAUUACCGACCGUUAGAAAAUAUCCUGGAGCCUGAUAUUGCCAUUGUCGACCCCCACCAUCACCUGUGGUUACGUAACGGCUAUACCUAUCUGUUGCCCGAACUGGCGGCAGAUAUGUCCAGUGGUCACAACAUUGUUGCCUCGGUCUUCGCGGAAUGUCACUCCAUGUACCGCCAGGGUGGGCCCCUGGAAGAACGUUCUCUUGGUGAAACUGAGUUUGUUCGUGGCCAGGCGGCCAUGAGCGCCAGCGGUGAAUUUGGCUCUGCGCGGGCGUGCGAUGUCAUGUUUGGCAAUGUGGACGUGAUGUUAGGGGUCAGCGCUGUGGCAAAAGUGCUUACUCGUAUGGAUAUGACCCUGGAUUGCUGGGUGUACCACACGCAGCUGACAGAAGUGGCGGCACUGGCAGACGAACAUCCUGAUCUGACGAUUGUGCUCAACCAUGUUGGCAGUCCGAUUCUGGGUGGUCCCUACCAGGGUAAGACGGAUGAAGUAUUCGACGCGUGGUGUGAUGCGAGACCGCAGUCUGCCGCCUGGAUCUAUGGAAGUGGCGGCUGCCUGGCAACGCUGGAUCGAUUUUUGUAUUGA